AUGUCUUGGACCUCGUUGCGGUCUGUAGUCCCAACAACCAACUCGGAGUAUGGGCAGAGCUUCCUGUCGGAUUCUCCACCAGACUCGCGCGGGCGGAAGAAGGAGAGUGUCGCGUGUUUCGCCUGCAAAAGGCGCCGGUCCAAGUGUGACGCUGGCAUCCCCUGCAUUUCCUGCAUUUCUCACAACACCGAGUGUGUCAAGGAUCAAAACGACGACGGGCGGCGGAAACUGGCCGUCAAGCGCAAGAUUGAUGUGCUGGAGUCGGACCGGCACCUGCUGGACGAGUUACUGGCCGCGAUCCGCACCGCCACGCCCGGCCAGUUAACAACAGUCAUCAGCCUGAUCCAGAGCAGCGCUAGCAGACAGGACCUCCAUUCGUAUAUUGAAACCCAGCUUUACGGACACAACAACAAUUCAUUGCGACUUGACGAGGCAUAUCGACACAAGGUUCGGCGCACCCGUCGACGGAUGCUCGGCCGGAUCCAAGACGUUGUCAAUCCUCCGAUAUCCGUGCCUGCCAAGCCAUGGACGACGGUGACUGACGACGAUGACUUUGUUUCACAUCUCAUCUCGCUAUGGUGUACGUGGGCCCAUCCGUGGUGGCACUGGGUCGAUGUCGACCUUUUUCUCGAGGCGAUGCGGUCAGGAGAUACUACCAGUCUCAUCUGUACGCCGUAUCUGGUCAAUAUGAUUUUGGCCGAUGCAUGUCUACUAGACACACUGGGCGAAGACGGCUCCGAGCCAAAUGAGUGGAUCCGGAGACAGUUCUACGAUGAAGCGAAAAAGGGAAUCGAGGCUGAGAAUGGCCACGUGUCGCUGGCAUAUGUCGCGGCUCUGGGGGUCCAGUGGACCUAUCUCAACACUAAUGGUCAAGAAUUACUUGGCAAUGCCCUCCUCCACGAGCAACUGUAUCGUACAAAGGGGCUGGACAAGUGGCGGCAGAGGAUUGAGCGGACUGGCAAUCUUGGACCAGCACGAUUGAGCAAGAUUGACCGAUGCCUCGACAGACUCUUGUGGAGUCUCUACACUCUCAAUUCGUGCGCUUUGAUGAACUUGGAAAGGACGAGGCUCCUGAAACCACCCACUCGACCGAAGCCGCCUGCCGACCACGACCGAAAGGAGCAUCCUGGUUGGACGCCGUAUCCGCAGCCGCAUAGCCCGGUCGUCUUCCAUCCAGACUGCCAUUUUCUAAGUUUCGUCUCGCUGAUCGAGGAGGCAACUCGGGUGGAGACGUUGUUUACGGACCAGUUCAAAAAGGAGUCGGCGCAAAGCCUGGAAGAACUCGAAAAUAACUGUCGCCAACUAAGCGACUGGCCCAAAACACUGCCCGACUGUAUGAAGAUGCACGACAAAGCGAUGCCGCAUGUGAUUGCUUUGCAGGCGAUGCACCGCUGGGUGGUUGUCAUGAUGGCCAAGCAAAUCGCCGCUCUUGAGGCGGGCAAACUGAAACGGCCCUCUUUGGUGGAGACGCCGCAGACGAACGAGCCGAGCCCAUGGAAAGAGACGUCGAUAUCGUCAUGCAUCGAGAUUGGCGAACUCGUCGAACAGAUCCGCCUGAACUGGGGCGCCGACCACUUCCCCGUCAUCAUCAUGCAACCCAUGGCCACGGCGGUGUUUCCGCUGCUCGAAGGCCUCGAUGAACGACCGGAUUCGCAGAAGGCACUGUUCAAUCUCUGUGUGACGGUGCGCGCGGCCAGCCGGAGGUUUCGCGUGGCCAAGGGCGUGCUGCUUCUGCUGCAGCAAACCGCCAACCAGAACAAUGUCGUGCUGCCGGACAAUUGUCAGCAGUUGUUGGCGGAUUUUGCCGCCCGGAUGGAUUUCAAUCGCCACAUCUCCGAUCCCUCUGACAUUGGGAUGGAGUACUUGCUGGAGAAAUGGGAGGAUCUGGAUCUGCAAGAGGUAUAG